UGAGAAAUUGCUUCCAACGUGGUUCUUGUUUAUUCGUAAUGCAAUCCGACGAUAUUCCUUCAACAUCUAAAGGGAUUACCCACAGGUCCGUGAAAGAUUCGAGUGUAAGCGAAAACCUCACGAAGACCGAUACAGUGAAUCGUGCAGAUCUAGAACAGGUUUCAAGCCUGCCGCUGCCACCAAAGGAAUACUUUAAGAACUAUUCUAAUAAGGCUGUAGCAAAAGGCUUGGCGCCACCUCCACCGCCAGCACCUUCAGAUAACCAAAACAUCACUGUGUUCGGUAUUCAGCACAAUUCCAAUGAGCUGGUGUGCCCUUUGGAGUCGCAGAACAUUAAACGUAUAGUACCAGUACAUUUUGAUCGCCGUAAGGAGCUGACAAAGCUAAAUCACUCGCUGGUAGUCACCUUCUUAGAUCUACUCGACACGCUUAUAAUGUGUCCCGAACAUCCCAAGCGUAGAGAAAAGCUUGAUCAUAUAAACUUGCUCUUCGUCCAAAUGAACCAUUUGAUCAACGAGCUCAGGCCGCAUCAAGCUCGCGAGACUCUGCGUGUUAUGAUGGAGUUGCAGAAACGCCAACGAGUUGAGACAAUUUCCCGCUUCCAGGACAAUCUCAAGCACGUGCGCGACAUCCUCAAAAGCGGUUCACUGUCCGUCCCAGCAGACGAUGAUGAUGACGAUGACGAUGAUGAUGACGAAGAAGUUGAAGAAUCGGCGACUCCGAAGCUAAGCGCAUCAGCAGCCGAUGACCCAAGAUUUGAAAAAGAUUUCAUUAUGUGCAAGAUUGUUGAUGAAAUUGAAUGA